AUGGCCUGGCAGGAGUUCCAGUGUUCAACCGACAAAACACCUCCACUCCAAGCUCACGACCGUCUCGCCGAUGUGCUUGAGGAAAUCGGAAUUGGAUCCACAAACGGUUCCCAUACAGUUCUAGACAUCAAAGCCUUCAGAGAUUCCCUUAGAGACCGCCCGAUCUACAGUCGUUUCAUGCUUCGCAACGCCGCAGAUCAACUGAUUCGAGCUCGCCGCGGUCAGGACUUUACACUGUUGGAUUGCUAUGGCAAGCCUUUCUUCUUCCCAGGAGAAAAUCUUUCUUCUCUCGAUGAAGCUCCUGUCUUAUUCUACUCCGGGAUCCAUGAACUCGCCGAAAUCUUCCAAGCUGAUGACGUCCGCCCUGCGCUCCCACUCUUUCUAGGGUCUGGAGAACGUCAAGAAGUACGCCCCGAUCACGUCGACACUAGGCAUCUGAAAGCUGGUGACCCUUUACCAGAAAGUCAUUAUCUCUACAGCAAUCUUCCCCGAGCGUUCGUAUUGGGCAUGUACGAGUGGUACUGGCGCUCCAGCGGCGUGCCCGAGAUCUUGCACCGUAGCCUUCGAAAGCUCGUACACACGGCCCGAAUCUCCAACAUCGUCUGUAUAGGUCUGGGGACUCUGGAUGCUCCAGAUAUUGCGCAAGCUCGCUCGUUAGUGCAGCAUAUGAUUGCUUCUUAUAUCGCUUACGAUCUCGACCAUUUAUAUGAAGCAGAAGGCAUACCGCUCGAAAAGCCCAUCAAAAUUGUUGCGCAAGACCCUGCUUACACCUCCCUCGACCGCAUAACGCUCCAUUCGCUACCAAAACCGAUUGAGGUAGUGAGCGAUCCUCAAGGCUUCCUGGCCAUCAACGAAGGCUCCCUUGUGUUUUCGAGCUGGCCUUCAGUUCCAGUCAAACAACUCAUAGCCGAUCUUGCGACCGAGCUACCGGAUGGCAAAGGCCCUGCUGCCCUAUUCCUGAACAACGACCGUAAGGACAAAGAAUUUGGCGACGUGGAUGUGGCCAGGUACGAUCUUCGUCAUUAUGGCCCGGUGCGUCACAUCAACGCGGAAACAAAGGCGUACGUGGAGAUGCUUGAGUCCUAUACACGGGUCUUCGAUGGUGAACAACAGUUUGGUAUUGAUUUCGCGGGUAAAUUACCAGGUUUUGAGUGGUUCCCGUAUAUGGACAUUUGGGGUCGUGGAGAGUAG